AUGGAGAUAAUGAGGCGCGGUCGAGUUAUUUUAGAAAUGAGAUCGCUCCCCUACUCGACCUCAACCCAUGUCGGUGUGGCUUCUCCUACAAAUCCCCGACCUCGCCUUCCUCGCAGAGCCUCAUCUACUGUCCGACCUACCUCCUCUGCUCGCCCUACUCGUCCCAGGACUGCACCUACAUCCCGGCCUGUCGCCCUUGUUCGUCCCUGGGCCCCGCCUAUAGCCCGACCCUUCACCCCAACGCCUCUUCAAUCAAUUAAUCCUUCUCGACCAACCUCUAGCCCUGGUCGCGGCCGCGGUCGAAGGUCAGCCAACGUACCUUACGCCAGCCCUGCCUUUAGAGAAGCUUCUCAGGCGGCUCAUCAGGCACGUUCUGUAAACGACCGCUUGGAUCGUGAUGCCCCUUCUUCUUCUCGGCGUAGGAUUCGGCUACCUUCUGAAGAUUCUGACUCGGACGAUCAACCCUUGGCUCAGAGACUUCGCCGCAGAGCCCCCGAUCCCCUCCGAGACGUGGGCCCUUUCGAUGUUCCUCCGCCUCCUGUUGCAACCACCACCCCUCCUUCGCCUCCUAUUGCAACCCCGACUCCUAUCCCGAGCCAGGCAGAUGCUCCUCUUGCUCCCCCUGUGGUUCCGACCGAGCCUCUGCUAGCUCAACCUUCCACCUCGCAACAGCCUCAGAGCACUGAAGCUGGCCCCUCACAUCGCCCUUCACCAGCUACUUCACCUCUAGAGCUUUCUCAGGUGCCCCCCUCAGCUCCUUCUGGGUCAGCUACUGGGCCUUCUAGCUCAGCUGCUGGGCCUUCCCAACCACCACCACUUGUUCCUCACUAUUAUCAUACCACUGCUCCUUUUGAGACUGAGUUAAGGUCCCGGCAAGAUGUUCUCACCUGCUCCUUGACAAUGAAAGGUCAUUUUUGUUGGAUCGAGACGCGCUAG